AUGGAGAUUGAUCGGCUCGAAGGCGAGAGCGGAGAGAAACAACACUUCAACGGCGCAGUCCCAAUUAAACGCCCACGGAUGGAUUUGACAGCCCCAGGACCCGAUGCAGCACUGAUCCGGAGGCAGAGAGAGGCCAAUAAACAAUAUGGCAGAGGCAAAAAGAUACCUUUAAGGGGAAUCAAGGACAAGAAGCUACGAGCAAAUCUAAAAGCACAAGAAUCGAAAUACCAGACUGCGAUAUUACGAGCAAAAGAUGCGGAGAUUCUGCACGAAAAUACUAAGGGAUUUCUCGAGCCGGAAAACGAGCUGGAAAGGACAUACAAGGUCAAGCAACGAGACAUUGUAAAGGACGUUCCAAUUGAGACGGCAAAGAAAGGAUUUGAGCUGAAGCUGGACGCAUUGGGGCCUUAUGUGUGCGACUAUACGAGAAACGGAAGAAAUUUACUAUUGGCGGGUAGGAAAGGCCAUAUUGCUACCAUGGAUUGGAGAGAUGGAAAGCUGGGCUGUGAAUUGCAGUUAGGGGAAACAGUGAGGGAUGCGAAGUGGCUACACAACAACCAGAUGUUUGCUGUAGCGCAGAAGAAAUACGUCUACAUAUACGACCAGGCAGGUGUGGAGUUACAUUGCUUGAAAAAGCACAUUGAAGUUACGAAUAUGGAAUUCUUGCCCUACCAUUACCUCCUGGCUACAGUCGGCAACGCAGGGUACUUGAAAUACCAAGAUAUCUCAACAGGUCAAAUGGUCAUCGAAACGCCUACAAAACUUGGAUCACCUACAGCACUCACCCAGAACCCUCAAAACGCUAUUCUCCACAUGGGCCAUCAAAAUGGAACAGUAACUCUCUGGUCGCCCAACUCCCCUACGCCACUAGUCAAACUUCUUGCACACCGAGGUCCAGUACGUGCUAUGUCAGUGGAUCGAGAAGGUAGAUACAUGGUAUCAACAGGUCAGGAUCUGAAGAUGUCAGUCUGGGAUAUUCGGAUGUUCAAGGAGGUCAACAGCUACUUCACACGGCAACCGGCAUCUUCAGUCGCCAUCUCGGAUCGCGGCCUGACAGCAGUAGGAUGGGGAACACAGACCUCGGUGUGGCGAGGAUUAUUCACAAAGCACUCAUUAGAGCAGGAGAAGAUUCAAAGUCCGUACAUGGCAUGGGGUGGUGAAGGCAAGAGGAUAGAGAGAGUGAAAUGGUGUCCGUUUGAGGAUAUUUUGGGUGUCUCACAUGAUGCUGGAUUCUCGUCCAUCAUUGUUCCAGGAGCAGGAGAGCCCAACUUUGAUGCCCAAGAGAUCAACCCAUACGAGAACACCAAGCAACGUCAAGAAGCCGAAGUCCGCUCGCUGCUUAACAAGCUGCAACCAGAGAUGAUUUCUCUCAACCCAGAAUACAUCGGCAAUCUGGAUUUGCUGACUGCCGAGCAACGCAAAGCCGAAAAGGAUCUGGACAAGAAGCCUGUAGAUCCUGUUGCGGAUGUGAAGAAUCGUGGAAGGGGAAAGAACAGCUCGUUGAGGAAGUACUUGAGAAAGCAAGGAUCAAGAAACAUCAUCGACGAGAGGAGAUUGAAGAUCGAGGAGAUGAGGAAGAACCAGGGCGAGAAGCAGCAGAAGAAACUCCAGGAAGCCGAGCAAGAACUUGGCCCUGCUCUGGGUCGUUUCGCGAGAAAAGGAGGAGCUUGA